AUGCCGCUGAUUCGAAAUUAUGACUACUAUGAUCUCAUCGAAGUGGCACCAGGCCCAUCCCGACCAACUAUGCCAGUAGUAUCCAAUCAUAACUACUUUGGAAGCGCUCGACAAGUCCCAUCAAAGGGUAAAAUAUACUAUGGAAGAAAUGAAUGGAGAGGUGGAAAUCUGAAUUCAACGAUUCACGAUCCAACAGAGUUUGAAGAAAUUGUUGAUUUAAAUGCGAAUGAUGCUGGAGACGAUAAACGAAAAAAGAAACGAUGGAGGGAUCUUUUGUUUCCAACAAAAAAUCGACACUCUUCUAGAAAAGACAAAGAAAACUCGAACGUCGCCGUGACGACUCGAAGCUUGUCAUCCGUCUCCUUCAGAUCUGAGAAACCUGAAAGAAGUCGGCGAAGAGAAUCUGGAUCACUCUCCCGACAUCGAUAUAUCCCACCACCCCCUCUACCAAUGCCCCCACGAAGAGUCAUGACGAGCGCAUCAAUUGUAUAUUCUGAUGAUGCGAUGACGUCUUCUUCGUCGCACACAACCACAGACUAUGACGAUAUGACUCCCGUACCAUCUUAUGUGAUUUAUCCAGCUUCUUCUAUUGCUCAUGCAAGACGAAAUGGUUCAAAAGAUGUAACUAUUUUACCUGCGGUCUAUAUGGGACCGGGACGAAAAGCCGUGGGAACUAAUCCUAAACUGUUCAGGAGUCCCACUUAUCAUCACGAUGCAUUUGUCAAUUCACAUGAAUGGACGUUAAGCAGGCUGGUCAGCGAAAUGAAAUUGGGAAUCGUUGGAACAUCACAAUCCGGGAAGACAGCGCUGGUCCACAGAUAUCUAACUAACACGUACACACCAGACGAGAGCCCCGAAGGCGGUCGAUUCAAGAAAGAAGUUGUGAUCGAAGGGCAGAGUCACUUAUUAAUGAUUCGUGACGAAGGACAGCAACACUUGGACGUACAGUUUUGUCAGUGGGUCGACGCCGUCGUCUUCGUCUACAACGUCUGCUCAAUUCAAAGUUACGAUAGUAUCACUGCAUUGGCUCAUGAGAUGAGCAAAUUUAGGAAUAUCAGUGAUCUACCGCUCAUUUUGGUUGGAACCAAGGAUCACGUCUCCGAAAGAAGAGCGCGAGUUAUUACUGAAGACGAAGGACGGCAGUUGGCGGCACAAAUGAAGAGGUGCUCGUAUUUUGAGACGUGCAGUAACGUUGGAUCGAAUGUUGAACGAGUAUUCAAAGAAGAAAAGAACGUUGUAUUUGUUUCUACAUGUUCACUCCCAAAAAGCCAAGCUAGAUGGUUAUCGUCGUCUUAUAUUUCAAAAAGUAUUGCCUUCCUUCCCAAUUCAUACUUAUUCAAUCGCCUUCUUAUUACAGCGUGCUGCAAAAUCAUCCAAAGUCGAAUACGAUCACAAGUGGGCAACGCGGCCGCCGCCACCACUUCACAAGCCAGAACGCCAACUCCCACGCAUUCGGAUAGUGGACGAAAAGACUACCAGGAUCCACGAUACAUUUCGAAUUCAUUUGCGAUGCCGUCCAACAUGCGACCAUCAUUCCCCACCAACAAUUCCACCCGACGAAACACAGUUCAUCAUCGGGAACAACCACCAACAUCCAGGACUGCAAGUGAACGAUCCAUGUCUGCAAUGCUCGGUGCUCCGUAUGGAAAUCGAAUGGCGGCUGGUGUAUCUCCUUCUGCUAGUCAGAAGUCAGUUCAUUCGAUUGCCAAUGGUUGCUAUUCAAGAUCCUCGGCGGCACUGCUGGAUUCAGACACCCCUGCCGUCAAUUCGUACUUAAUCGACUCGAUGUCAUCCGUCGGAGGAACUCCUUAUCAGAAUAGUUCGAAUCAAGUAUCAGCAUCCACUUCUCAUCUACCAACACCAUCAUCAACACCCAACACACAGAGAAAGAAUAGAAGGAUUUCCAAUAUAUUUAGACAAAAAGAUCACCAAGAAGAGAAGUCCAAAAUGAUUGAAUCGUUGAAUCUCGGUAUUGGACGGGCUAUUCCGAUCAAACAAGGGAAUCUUUACAAGAAGAGUUCAAAGUCGGCGUUGAAUCGUGAAUGGAAGAAGAAGUAUGUGUGUCUGUAUAACGACGGUCGUCUGACGUAUCACAAUAAUCUGAAGGAGUACAUGGACAAGACGGCACAUGGAAAAGAAAUGGAUUUGAAGUUGGCCACUAUUCGUAUCACUGGACGACUCCAUCCACUUCAUUCACAUCGAGUCGGAAACGCCGGAUCAUCAACCGAAGGCAGUGGAACGCCUACAUUGAAAAGUUACGAACCAAGAAGAAGCGACGUGGGAAUGGGUGCCAAUUCAGGAGAUGGAACGUCGGGUAAUGGAUCAGAUGAUGCGAUCAAAGAGAAUCAACGACAACAGUUCUCUCCACCGGUGAUGCCUCAAACUGUUGCUGGAAAAAAGAAACGGGAAUCGAGGAAAAUCGGAACGAAUUCGAAGCACAAUGAUGAGGAGGAUGAAUGUUUCGAAGUGAUAAACAAUUGUCUAAUGAGAUGGGAAUUCUGUGCUGGAUCGUUAGAAGAAAGAGAUGAAUGGAUUCAAGCGAUUGGUGGGGAGAUCGAGAAAUCUCUUGGAAAAGAAGUGGCAAAUGCAAAGACGAACAAUAGAGCAGUUGCUGAUCGUCCGGAUAUUGCUGCUCUCCGAUCCAUACCUGGCAAUGAAAAAUGUGCGGAUUGCGGAAAUCCAGCCGCUGAAUGGGCAUCCAUCAAUCUGGGAAUUGUCAUUUGUAUCGAAUGUUCUGGAAUCCAUCGAAAUCUAGGAUCUCAUAUUUCGAAAGUUCGAGGUUUGGAGUUGGACCAAUGGCCUGUGGAACAUUUGGCUGUGAUGCAAGCGAUAGGGAAUGAUAAAGCGAACGAUAUGUGGGAGCACAAGCUAGCAAAUGAAAGGAAACCGGUGCCUGAGAGUUCUCGAGAUGAAAAAGAACGAUUCAUCGAUCGGAAAUACGUCCAGAAAGCGUUCCUGAAGCCAAUUCCAUCUGGCGAAUCAGUCACUUCUCAACUAAUUUCUGCGGUUUUGGCACGUGAUGUGAUGUCUCUGAAUGUAUUGCUGGCCAACGGAUUGACAGUGGAUGAGAUCAACACGACAACUAAAGAUGGACGGACGGUUCUUCAUUUGGCUGCUAGUAUCGGCAGUGUCGAAUUGGCUCAGCUGCUCAUUUGGGUAAAUUUAUUUACUCACAAUGCUGAUACGCGCAUUUUGGACAAUAAUGGAAGAUCCUGUCUGUUCUAUGCUCGAUCCAACGGAUUCAGAGAUGUAUUUGAUAUGUUGGUCACUGCUGGUCUCUCUCCUGAUUACGGUUUGCCACAAGAGAACAAUGACUACUCACAACUGCCAGAGUUCUCUGCAAUGGGUUCCACAUCGAAUCGCGAGUAUUCCAUUUCUGGAGACGACACCUACUCCCUCCGUCGGAUAUCCAUGGCUCCUCCACAAGUUCCAGCCCGUCGAUAUCUUCCCCAACAACCGGAACUUGAUGAAACGAGUGUCAUUUGA